CUUUCAUCGACUGAGUUUCUCGCAGAGGACAAACAAACGGAGCGAGCAGGAAAAGUUCGCUUUGGAAAGUGCUGCGCCGAGCACGCUGUUCCGCACGAUUUGAAAAUAAUCUGCGUGUCAGUGUCAUCUUUCUUAUGCAAAGCAGCUGUCUUUUGAAGGAGGAUCUUUUGGCAGGUUAGACCGGGACGGAGACUCCGAACCAGCUCAGUCGAGCAGCAGCCACCAAAACGCGCCGAGCGCCUGGCCCCGGGGAGGAGGAGCGUCAGAACCCUGCAAAACACUUAACAUCGGCCCGGAGGAUUUUUUCUCUAGUCCACUUAUUUCAUUUAGAGUGCUUCGCACAAAGGACUGGAACUACUUUCAUUAUUAUUAUCAUUAUCACUCUCUUUUUUUUUUUCUUCCUUUUUUUUUAAAUGGAAGUUGUUUCUCACGGACCGAAAUCGCACUGCAGCAGGCGCGGAGGAUCACCUAAAUGCCGAUAAAGUGUCAGGAAGCGUGGAGGCGGACCGAACCGAGGAGAAACUAAAGUGGGGUGGGGGGAAACAGUGCAUGGGGUCAUUUCAUGCACGGCGCAGGAGAGAAGUGACGAGGGGGGCGAGUUCCAGCCGCCAGAAGUGAACAUUUUCUUUCGGGGGAGAGCAUGGACCUGACAGCGCGCCCGCAGCCAGGAAACACCAUCUCUCCAUCGCGGGAUUUCUCUUCUCAUUCAACUCUGCAACUCUGAGCUGAGGAGAGGAGGAUGUUGCAGUGGAUAGUUAAGUAAGUUUCGCUACGCGGCACCUGCUCUGUUUCGGUUCAGACUUUUUUUUUUUUUUUUUUUUGAGAGAGAGAGAGCGAGAAACUUGUGUUUUCCUGGUUGCAUUGAACAGUUGGCUGCGUUUUUCUUCUUCAAGCUGAGAAGGGAGAAUGUGUUCAGCUGUGAUCCCGGUGCCUCUGCUGUUGCUGCUGCUGUGGAGCAGGGACAGCUCCUCCAUCAGCUCCAUAGAUUCUGACUGGUCAGGGGAGGGAAGAUGCCAGCACAUCAACAUCCCUAUGUGCAAGGACAUUGGCUACAACAUGACUCGCAUGCCAAACCUCAUGGGUCAUGAUGAUCAGAAGGAGGCUGCGCUGAAGCUGCAGGAGUUUGCAACGCUCAUCCAGUUCGGAUGCCACGGUCACCUUAAGUUCUUCCUUUGUUCGCUUCACGCUCCCAUGUGCACGGAGCAGGUGUCCAACCCCAUCCCGGCGUGCCGGGUCAUGUGCGAGCAGGUCAAGCUGAAGUGCUCCCCGAUCCUGGAGAGGUUUAAUUUCCCCUGGCCCGACUCUUUGGACUGCUCGCGCCUUCCAACCAAAAAUGACCCAAACAACCUGUGCAUGGAGGCGCCCAACAACGGAUCGGAUGAGCCCCCCAGGGUGUCCCACACUCAACCUCCAGAUUUUAGGCCGCAGCAGCCUCUGAGUGGGCAGGACCUGCACCUUAAGGACAGCGGUAGCAAGCAGUCGUGCAAUCCCGGCAAGUUCCACUUUGUGGAGAAAAGCCAGUCUUGUGCCCCAAAGUGCUACCCAAAAGUGGAUGUUUACUGGAGUCAGGGAGACAAGCAGUUCUCCCUGGUGUGGAUGGCCAUCUGGUCCAUCCUCUGUUUUGUCUCCAGUGCCUUCACCGUGCUUACUUUCCUCAUCGACCCGCAAAGGUUCAAGUACCCCGAGAGGCCGAUCAUCUUCCUCUCCAUGUCCUACUGUGUUUACUCCGUGGGCUACCUCAUUCGGCUUUUUGUGGGAGCCGACAGAAUAGCCUGUGACAGAGACAAUGGCGUGCAGUACAUAAUUCAGGAGGGCCUGGAGAGCACCGGCUGCACCAUAGUGUUCCUCAUCCUGUAUUAUUUCGGCAUGGCCAGUUCCCUCUGGUGGGUUAUCCUGACUCUAACUUGGUUCCUCGCUGCCGGGAAGAAGUGGGGCCACGAGGCCAUCGAGGCCAACAGCAGCUACUUCCACCUGGCAGCGUGGGCCAUCCCGGCUAUAAAGACCAUCAUAAUACUGGUGAUGAGGAAGGUGGCCGGCGACGAGCUGACGGGCGUUUGCUACGUGGGCAGCAUGGACGUCAAAGCUCUCACAGGCUUUGUGCUCAUUCCUCUUUCCUGCUACCUCAUCAUCGGCACGUCGUUUCUGCUCUCUGGCUUCGUGGCCCUCUUCCACAUCCGGAAGAUCAUGAAAACCGAGGGGGAGAACACGGAUAAGCUCGAGAAGCUGAUGGUGCGCAUCGGCGUCUUCUCCGUCCUCUACACCGUCCCCGCCACCUGCGUCAUCGCCUGCUACUUCUACGAGAGACUCAACAUGGACUACUGGCGCAUCCUCGCGGAGAAGGAGAAGUGCGCGGACGGGAGCGGGCCGGAGUCGGACGAGUGCGUCAUGAAGGCCUCGAUCCCGGCUGUGGAGAUUUUCAUGGUGAAGGUCUUCAUGCUGCUGGUGGUGGGCAUCACGAGCGGCAUGUGGAUCUGGACCUCAAAGACGCUGCAGUCGUGGCAGAACGUGUUCAGCAGGAAGCUGAAGAAGAGGACGAGGGGGAAGACGGCCAGCGUCUUCACCAGCAGCAGGCCUUACAUCAAGCCUCACCCGUCCCUCAAAGGGCCGAGCACCAAGUACGAGCCGACGCGGCAGCCCCCGACAUGUGUGUGAAGCGAGCCCAAACAGACUUUUAAAACCCUAAAAGCAAGACUGAUCCAGAGAGCCAUUAAAAGCACAGAGGUUCAUGUUUUAUUUAUGCCUCACGCAUUGAGAACAUACAUGUUCUUUGUUUUUGUUUUUUGGUUUUUUUGUAUUUUCUGCAGUGUCACCCAACAAGAGCAGCCUUUGUUUGAAAAAAAAGAAAAAAAUCUGCUACUCCUUCGCUCGCUUGUUCUUUUGGGGAACUUGGAAUAGCAAAAAAAGAAAAAAAAAUCCUAUUAUUUCCUGGACAAAAAGAGUGGAGUAAACCAUUUGGAUGUGCCACGGCGUUACUUGAAUAAUGUGCAAUAGAUGUUUUCCUUUCCGGCUAGACGACACUUGUACUGUUGGUGACAGAUUACAGACAAUGUUAGGGCCCCAGUACACAAUGGAGAGAAUGGUCAGAGAGAUGAGUGCUGUUUCCAGCCUUUUUUCAUGGAAAUUCGGCCUGUUUUCAUAUAUGUUUGAACUGGACUGAAAGCAGCUGUUGAAAGGCGCUCGAGAUCCUUACGAAACACCCAUUGUGAGGCGAAUCCUCGCCAUAAAUUAAUCAAGCACUCGAUAUUGAAACGAUAUUUGUCCACUGUGUUCUUCUGUUGUUGUUGUUUUUUUUUUUGUUGCUGUUGUUCCUUUUUUUCAUUUCUUUGCUGUUUAUAGUGCAGAGGAGUGUUUGUAUAUGUUUCUAAAAAAAAAAGCUGAUAUUUUAUAGAAAAAUUAAUAAUAAAAAAAAAGCACUAGUUUUAA